AUGAAUUAUAGCUUUAUAAAAUUUUAUUGUCCUAGUAUAAUAAUAUUUACAUUCAUUGUUGGUAUAGGAUCUAGUCUUAAUAAUCCUACUGAUGAUAUUAAAGAAAAUUCUUAUAACAAUCUAAAGAGGUCGAGCCCAAAACAAUUAUAUGAACAGUAUAAAAAGGAAGUCCUAGAGACUUUCUUAAACGUGGAAUAUUUUAAAUUGGCAAUGAAAUUGGUGUACGUAAUUACUAGUAUAUCCAAGAAUGAAUGGAUUGAAUCUUUCAUUAAAUACCAUAUUGAAGAAAACAAUGUACCACGUUUAGUACAAGAAUAUAAUGAAAAAAAAAUUUUUAAAAUGGUUACAGCUUUAAAUAAUUUUAAAAAGUGGGUAUUUUGUGGUAAUACACUUGUAAAUGAAGAUUUUAAAGAUAGACUGGCUUGUAUAUUUAGAUGUGAUGUACAAAAUGGUUCAGUUUUAUUAACCAAAAAACAUUUUAAUAUUUUUAACGACAAUUUGUUUAUUCUAGGCUUGAUAAAAAUUAAGAUUGAUCAACUUUUAAGUCAAAAUGAAAGAAAUCAAGCUUGUAGAGACUUUUCGAAAUACGGUGAUUCUAUUACAGUAUCUUUUUGGGCAACAAUAUUUACAAAGUUGAUUUUAAAUAUUCUUUAA